AUGGAUUAUAUCAUAUCGAAAAGAUAUCGAAAAGUAUCGAAAAGAUAUCGAAAAAAUCGAUAUAUCGUAAAGUAUCGAUAUAUCGAAAAGUACCGAUAUAUCGAAAAGUACCGAAAAGAUAUCGAAAAGUAUCGAAAAGAUAUCGAAAAGUACCAAAAAGAUAUCGAAAAGUACCGAAAAGAUAUCCAAAAGUACCGAAAAGAUAUCGAAAAGUACCGAAAAGAUAUCGAAAAGUACCGAAAAGAUAUCGAAAAGUACCGAAAAAUUUUUGAAAAGUAUCGAAAAGAUAUCGAAAAGUAUCGAAAAGAUAUCGAAAAGUAUCGUAAAGAUAUCGAAAAGUAUCGAAAAGUACCGAAAAGAUAUCGAAAAGUACCGGAAAGAUAUCGAAAAGUACCGAAAAGAUAUCGAAAAGUACCGAAAAGAUAUCGAAAAGUACCGAAAAGAUAUGGAAAAGUAUCGAAAAGAUAUCGAAAAGUAUCGAAAAGAUAUCGAAAAAAUCGAUAUAUCGUAAAGUAUCGAUAUAUCGAAAAGUACCGAUAUAUCGAAAAGUACCGAAAAGAUAUCGAAAAGUAUCGAAAAGAUAUCGAAAAGUACCGAAAAGAUAUCGAAAAGUACCGAAAAGAUAUCCAAAAGUACCGAAAAGAUAUCGAAAAGUACCGAAAAGAUAUCGAAAAGUACCGAAAAGAUAUCGAAAAGUACCGAAAAAUUUUCGAAAAGUAUCGAAAAGAUAUCGAUAAGUAUCGAAAAGAUAUCGAUAAGUAUUUAUAUAUAAUGAAAAUAUCGAUAUAUAAUGAAAAGUAUCGAAAAGAUAUCGAUAAGUAUCGAAAAGAUAUCGAUAAGUAUCGAAAAGAUAUCGAGAAGUAUCCAAAAGAUAUCGAUAAGUAUCGAAAUUUUAUAGAUAAGUAUCGAAAAGAUAUCGAAAAGUAUCGAAAAGAUAUCGAAAAGUAUCGAAAAGACAUCGAAAAGUAUCGAAAAGAUAUCGAAAAGAUAUCGAAAAGUAUCGAAAAGAUAUCGAAAAGUAUCGAAAAGAUAUCGAAAAGUACCGAAAAAAUAUCGAAAAAUAUCGAUAUAUCGAAAAGAAAAGUAUCGAUAUAUAAUGAAAAGUAUCGAUAUAUAAUGAAAAGUAUCGAAUAUAAUGAAAAGUAUCGAAAAGAUAUCGAAAAGUAUCGAAAAGAUAUCAAAAAGUAUCGAAAAGAUAUCGAAAAGUAUCGAAAAGAUAUCGAAAAGUAUCGAUAUAUCGAUAAAUAUCGAAAAGUGCCGAAAAGAUAUCCAAAAGUACCGAAAAGAUAUCCAAAAGUACCGAAAAGAUAUCGAAAAGUACCGAAAAGAUAUCGAAAAGUACCGAAAAGAUAUCGAAAAUAUCGAUUUAUCGAAAAGUACCGAUAUAUCGAUAAGUACCGAUAUAUCGAAAAGUACCGAAAAGAUAUCGAAAAGAAUCGAAAAGAUAUCGAAAAGUAUCGAAAAGAUAUCGAAAAGUAUCUAUAUAUAAUGAAAAAUAUCGAUAAGUAUCGAAAAGAUAUAGAUAAGUAUCGAAAAGAUAUCGAUAAGUAUCGAAAAGAUAUCGAAAAGUAUCGAAAAGUAUCGAAAAGUAUCGAAAAGAUAUCGAAAAGAUAUCGAAAAGUAUCGAAAAGAUAUCGAAAAGUAUCUAUAUAUAUCGAAAAGUAUCUAUAUAUAUCGAAAAGUAUCUAUAUAUAUCGAAAAGUAUCUAUAUAUAAUGAAAAGUAUCGAUAUAUAAUUAAAAUAUCGAUAUAUAAGUACCGAAAAGAUAUCGAAAAGUACCGAAAAGAUAUCGAAAAGUACCGAAAAGAUAUCGAAAAGAACCGGAAAGAUAUCGAAAAGUACCGAAAAGAUAUCGAAAAGUACCGAAAAGAUAUCGAAAAGUACCGAAAAGAUAUCGAAAAGUACCGAAAAGAUUUCGAAAAGUACCGAAAAGUUAUCGAAAAGUACCGAAAAGAUAUCGACAAGUACCGAAAAGAUAUCGACAAGUACCGAAAAGAUAUCGACAAGUACCGAAAAGAUAUCGACAAGUACCGAAAAGAUAUCGAAAAGUAUCGAAAAGAUAUCGAAAAGUAUCGAAAAGAUAUCGAAAAGUAUCGUAAAGAUAUCGAAAAAUAUCGAAAAGUAUCGAAAAGAUAUCGAAAAGUAUCGAAAAGAUCGAAAAGUAUCGAAAAGAUAUCGAAAAGUAUCGAUAUAUCGAAAAGUAUCGAUAUAUCGAAAAAUAUCGAAAAGAACCGGAAAGAUAUCGAAAAGUACCGAAAAGAUAUCGAAAAGUACCGAAAAGAUAUCGAAAAGUACCGAAAAGAUAUCGAAAAGUACCGAAAAGAUUUCGAAAAGUACCGAAAAGAUUUCGAAAAGUACCGAAAAGAUAUCGAAAAGUACCGAAAAGUUAUCGAAAAGUACCGAAAAGAUAUCGACAAGUACCGAAAAGAUAUCGACAAGUACCGAAAAGAUAUCGACAAGUACCGAAAAGAUAUCGAAAAGUACCGAAAAGAUAUCGAAAAGUACCGAAAAGAUAUCGAAAAGUACCGAAAAGAUAUCGAAAAGUACCGAAAAGAUUUCGAAAAUUACCGAAAAGAUAUCGAAAAGUAUCGAAAAGAUAUCGAAAAGUAUCGAAAAGAUAUCGAAAAGUAUCGUAAAGAUAUCGAAAAGUAUCGAAAAGAUAUCGAAAAGUAUCGAUGUAUAGAUAAGUAUCGAUAUAUCGAUAAUAUCGAAAAGAUAUCGAAAAGUAUCGAAAAGAUAUCGAAAAGUAUCGAAAAGAUAUCGAAAAGUAUCAUAAAGAUCGAAAAGUAUCGAAAAGAUAUCGAAAAGUAUCGAUAUAUCGAAAAAAAAGAUAUCGAAAAGUACCGAAAAGAUAUCGAUAAGUACCGGAAUGAUAUCGAAAAGUACCGAAAAGAUAUCGAAAAGUACCGAAAAGAUAUCGAAAAGUACCGAAAAGAUAUCGAAAAGUACCGAAAAGAUAUCGAAAAGUACCGAAAAGAUAUCGAAAAGUACCGAAAAGAUUUCGAAAAGUACCGAAAAGAUAUCGAAAAGUACCGAAAAGAUAUCGAAAAGUACCGAAAAGAUAUCGAAAAUUACCGUAAAGAUAUCGAAAAGUACCGAAAAGAUAUCGAAAAGUACCGAAAAGAUAUCGAAAAGUACCAAAAAGAUAUCGACAAGUACCGAAAAGAUAUCGACAAGUACCGAAAAGAUAUCGACAAGUACCGAGAAGAUAUCGAAAAGUACCGAAAAGAUAUCGAAAAGUAUCGAAAAGAUAUCGAAAAAUAUCGAAAAGUAUCGAAAAGAUAUCGAAAAGUAUCGAAAAGAUAUCGAAAAGUAUCGAAAAGAUAUCGAAAAUAUCGAAAAGAUAUCGAUAAGAUUCGAAAAGAUAUCGAUAAGUAUCGAAAAGAUAUCGAUAAGUAUCGAAAAGAUAUCGAUAAGUAUCGAAAAGAUAUAGAUAAGUUUCAAAAAGAUAUCGAAAAGUAUCGAAAAGACAUCGAAAAGUAUCGAAAAGUUAUCGAAAAGUAUCGAAAAGAUAUCGAAAAGUAUCGAAAAGUUAUCGAAAAGUAUCGAAAAGAUAUCGAAAAGUAUCGAAAAGAUAUCGAAAAGUACCGAAAAGAUAUCGAAAAGUAUCGAAAAGAUAUCGAAAAGUAUCGAAAAGAUAUCGAAAAAUAUCGAAAAGUUAUCGAAAAGUAUCGAAAAGAUAUCGAAAAGUAUCGAAAAGUUAUCGAAAAGUAUCGAAAAGAUAUCGAAAAGUAUCGAAAAGAUAUCGAAAAGAUAUCGAAAAAUAUCGAUAAGUACCGAAAAGAUAUCGAUAAGUACCGAAAAGAUAUCGAAAAGUACCGAAAAGAUAUCGAAAAGUAUCGAAAAGAUAUCAAAAAGUAUCGAAAAGAUAUCGAAAAGUAUCGAAAAGAUAUCGAAAAGUAUCGAAAUGAUAUCGAAAAGUAUCGAAAAGAUAUCGAAAAGUAUCGAUAUAUCGAAAAAUAUCGAAAAGUGCCGAAAAGAUAUCCAAAAGUACCGAAAAGAGAUCGAAAAGUACCGAAAAGAUAUCGAAAAGUAUCGAAAAGACAUCGAAAAGUAUCGAAAAGAUAUCGAAAAGAUAUCGAAAAGUAUCGAAAAGAUAUCGAAAAGUAUCUAUAUAUAUCGAAAAGUAUCUAUAUAUAUCGAAAAGUAUCUAUAUAUAAUGAAAAGUAUCGAUAUAUAAUUAAAAUAUCGAUAUAUAAGUACCGAAAAGAUAUCGAAAAGUACCGAAAAGAUAUCGAAAAGUACCGAAAAGAUAUCGAAAAGAACCGGAAAGAUAUAGAAAAGUACCGAAAAGAUAUCGAAAAGUACCGAAAAGAUAUCGAAAAGUACCGAAAAGAUAUCGAAAAGUACCGAAAAGAUUUCGAAAAGUACCGAAAAGAUUUCGAAAAGUACCGAAAAGAUAUCGAAAAGUACCGAAAAGUUAUCGAAAAGUACCGAAAAGAUAUCGAAAAGUAUCAUAAAGAUCGAAAAUAUCGAUAUAUCGAUAAGUAUAGAAAAGGUAUCGAAAAGUACCGAAAUGAUAUCGAAAAGUACCGGAAAGAUAUCGAAAAGUACCGAAAAGAUAUCGAAAAGUACCGAAAAGAUAUCGAAAAGUACCGAAAAGAUAUCGAAAAGUAUCGAAAAGAUGGUUAUCACAUUUAG